AUGUCGACCGACGACACGCUGCCAUGGACGACUUCCAGGUGCAAUCGCCUGUUGCGACCGCUUUCUUCCAAACUCACGAAGCUGCGCAAAGAGCUUGAGCGACCACGCACCGCAAGCGCCGAGACACGCAACGUAUCCUCUGCUUUUGCGAUCAAAGGCUCGCCCCAAAAGACAACCAACUUCACCCGACCAGCAAACAAGCCACGAGGCUUCGAGAAGGCUAGAGAUCCGGACUGGAGACCUGGCGCGAGGCCAGGCACAGGCAAGAAGACAACAUACGGAGGCCGAGGUCGUGGAAGGGUGCCGGAUCUGCAGAAGAGUGGCUCCCACAAUGGCAAUGCCAAUACUUCGCGACCAGGCGAGAUCGCCUUCACGCCUCUGAUCUCAAGGAUGGGGGGGCAGCUGCAUAGUAGCCCACAAAUGCCAAUCUCGCCAUUGCGCAGGUACUCAAAGGUCAAGGGCCCUCUUCUGGCUCCCUUAAAAUCGCCUGCGACACAUGUGUCGGACGAGAUCCGCAAACUUGUACAAGGACUAUCCGAAGCCUACGCAAACAUUCUACAAUCAACUACAACGGGUGGUGAAGCCAGGUGGAAGGGCACAAGGUCGCUCAUGGGCGCUUGUUUGAGGAAGCUGCCAGCAUACAUUGAGCUUGAGGAGCACUUUGCGAAGCUAGACCGGCUCGAGGAAGACGGUGAAGAGGAAGAUCGGGACAUCGUGAACGAGAUAUACGAACAUCUGGAAACGCGAUUCGAACAAGAGCAUGGUCAAGGCUGGCGUCCUUUCAAGUGCGUUGUCCGAGCGCAUGCCACGACAUUAAUAUGCGACGCCAUCAUGGAUAAGGUGUUCGGCCUAGACAAUGUGUUGGUCCUUGUAACGCAUUGUUUGAACUCUUCUUCGUGGGAUGAAGCUGAGAGGUUAUUAUUAGCCUAUGCUCCUCUUGUUGACUCCGUACCAAUACCCAUCAACACACGAGCAGACCUAUUCGAUCCUCAAAGAUCAUCCUAUCUUCAUUCAGUGGGGAACUUUGUUCGCCACACAGGACGUUAUCGCUUGCUCUAUGAUCUCCUAGAUCAUAUGGUUGCCCUCGAACUUCUGCCUCUCGAGUGGCUUGCGACCGACUCUGUGCGCCCGGUAUGGGAUCGACUUGUUCGAACGAUAACCGAGAACGAUCAUCGGACGCUCCGGAGUGCUCACCAGUUCUUCGAGACGGUUACAAUCGCAAGCAUGGGGCUACCGGACGCGCGGCUGUUAGAAGAUGAAGUGUCUGGCUUCAUAUCACGGCGAUUCGUACCAUCGUCUCGAAAGGAGCUUCGACAGGCGCUUGAAACUACCUUCUCAAGUCUGCUCACGGUGCUGUGUAGUAUUGCCUUGGCCAACAUCAAUCGUGACGACCUUGCAGGCCAAGAAAUCACCCAGCGAAUUGUGUGGGUGCUAGAUACGGUUGUCAUCACAAUAUCUACCCGUGGAAAUAUUCAGGAUGAGCUUAGGCUCCUCGGCGCAGACGUAGAUGAUGUCCAGAUUAUGGCGCAGCGAGCUAUCUGGAUACACUUCGCGUCGUUUUUAAUACAUCUGGAAGGUUGUGUGUGCUCAAAAAUAUCACCGCUCGAUUGCUCCACAUCCAUCGAAUUGGUCGACUGGAUAGCGGACCAGUAUUCGUCGAGCAACAUCAACCUUGCGUUGACAUUUGCAACUCUCCCAUCUUUAUUCUCUUCCAUCGCACGCGGCACAGGGCGCAUCUGGAAGGACGAUGGCUUUGACCAGCUACAACGACUCGUCACAGCACUGAUGACUACCUCUGCUCGCAGACUACCUCAUAAACUAUGGACGCUGAAGCGACUAGCAUUAGAAUCGGCUAGGGAAUUUGCCCAAGGCACUGGUGACGGCGAGCAUAUGACCUACGUAUGUAAUAUCGAGAAAACAAUGCAGACACGAGGUCGCCUUGUCAUCAUGCACUCUCCACAGAAGAACGAAUCACCCACUACUAGUGGUGGCUUCAGGUGGGAGGAGGGUAUUGGCGAGUGGGUUACUUGCACACCAUUUGUCGAGCAGAACAUAAGCUACUCAGCAAGAAAGCCAAUCCGAACGUUGGAACUUUUACCAACUCCCAUGCAGUCGGAAGAUGAUACGACAGAAGCUCCUGAUGUUGAAGAUCAUCUUCCAGGUGGCACACCGGACACACCAAUAUACGAGAUGACGUCCUUGGAAUAUUACGGCGACCAAGUCCUACAGUCAUCGCCUAUUAAGAAGAGACCACGGACUUCCGCAUCUUCGCUUGGAAAACGCAUUCGCGCACCAUCACCAAAGGUCGUCAUACCUAUGAAACGGACAAAUGUAACACCCCCGGAUACCCCGCCUUUCAGGUACUACUCUAAACUCCCUAAUGAGGAGCAAGAUAGUCCGAGACGAUCUCGGCGCCCGCGAAAGGAGUUAAAGGCACUGCCUCCUCGAAGAUGUUCAGAACGUUUUCGACCCUCACUCCAAAGCGGAUUACAUGAUUUGAAGAGACCCAUUUACGUUGAACCGGCGCUUGAGGUCAGUCAUAGCGACGCUGAGGUCCAGAGCAUCUCGCAGGACGAUUCGGACUACUCACUAGUGUCAGUGGAGGAGGUUCACCCUAAGAUUUUCCAAACUAAAGCUCUCCCAUCACAACGCGCUUGUACACGUGGCUCCCACCCCAUCACUUCUACUGUUAACAACGACGAUAAUACAUCCGAACGCGAUGAGCUUGGUAGAUCGCCAGCUCACCCUCGCUCUCGAAUGCGGAAGCGAACGAGCGCCCGCCAGGGUAUUCAACCACGCAGGCAGAUGUGUAAGGCAGGCCAAGGCAUGAUGGCUGAUGUCAACGACGACAGUGAAGACGAGUUGAGUUUCUGUUAG